AUGGAGGAAAUAAUACAAUAUCCUGCAGAGGCAUAUACAAUUAGACUUGUUGGAGGCAGGUAUUCAUGGGAAGGCAGAGUAGAGAUUGAACACAAUGGCCAGUGGGGUACAAUAUGUGAUGAUAUGUUUGACAUAAAUGAUACGGCAGUUGUGUGUAGAAUGUUGGGAUACAAUGAUACUGAAGGAUCAAUCGAAUACUACAGUAGGGCUCAUUUUGGAGGCGGGUAUGGUCCAAUUCUAAUAGAUGAUCUGGACUGCUCUGGAGAAGAAGAUGACGUAUCUGAGUGUAAAAGCACAGCUUGGUUUAACAACAAUUGUAACCAUGACGAAGAUGUCAGUGUUAACUGUGCAGCAGAUUAUCUGAAAGUUCGGUUGGUAAAUGGUAAUUAUCCUUGGGAAGGACGAGUAGAACUCCACACACUUAAUGGAAGCUGGGGGACAAUUUGUGAUGAUAGGUUUGGAGAAGAAGAAGCACAGGUUAUUUGUGGUAUGCUAGGAUAUUCCAAAGCUGGAUCAGUCCCUUAUUCUAAUGCUCAUUUUGGCGAUGGCUACGGACCUAUUGUGCUUGAUGAUUUACAAUGUAAUGGAUCAGAAGCUAGCAUAUUAGAUUUUCAGUCAAAUGGUUUAUUUAAACAUAAUUGUGGACACCAUGAAGAUGCAGGCGUUGAUUGCCAAGGUAACAGUUCCGAGCAAACAACACAGGACUGGAGUACUUUAGUAGAUAUGACUUCGUACACAAACACUCCGGUUAGACUUUUUGGUGGAUAUUAUAAUUGGGAAGGGCGUGUAGAGGUUUACCACGAAGGUCAGUGGGGAACUAUCUGUGAUGACGAGUUCGAUCGACAAGACGCUCAAGUUAUUUGUUCCAUGUUAGGAUACAGCAGAUAUGGGUCCGUCACAUCAUAUGGUAGCGCAAGAUUCGGAGGAGGUUCUGGGUCCAUAAUGUUAGAUGAUUUGGAGUGUUCAGGAUAUGAGAGUGAUAUAGCUCAGUGUAGAUCUAACGGAUGGUACACAAAUGACUGUUCACACAGUGAAGAUGCUAGUAUUUCCUGUGAUUAUGAAUCUUCUACUUAUCAGUAUGGAAUGACAACUCCUGAUACACUUGGAGGAUAUGACCCGUUAACCACUGUGGAAUCAGUCACACAGACUCUCUAUUCAGGAGAAACUAGUGUUUCAUAUACAAAUGUAAGGCUAGUUGGUGGUAACUACUAUUGGGAAGGACGUGUUGAAUUAUACCACAAUGGAGCUUGGGGAACAAUUUGUGAUGACAGCUUUGAUAUAAAGGACGCCAGAGUAAUAUGUGCAAUGUUAGGGUACAAUAGAUACGGAAGCGUAACAGCAUAUGGUAAUGCUGCCUUUGGUCAAGGGUAUGGAUCUAUUAUGUUGGAUGAUUUAUCCUGUUACCCUAAAUCAGAAGGUAGAAGUGACGUUACAACUGCUCAAUACUUUGACAGAGCUACAACUGCUGACGUAGUUGGAAAACAUGGUCAUUUUUCAUUCCGCCUGACAUAUGGUAGUGAAGGAUAUCUACAGAUUUACUAUAAUGGACAGUGGGGUUAUGUCUGUCACAACAAUCAGCAAUAUACAACCCAGUUUCAUUCUGCUUGCCGAUAUCUGGGAUAUUCCUCUGCUUACAGAGUGUAUGGGCGAUAUGACCGUUCCCAUACUGCUAUAGUAACAGAUUUUAACUGUCCUAGUAGUUACUAUUAUUCUUCCAAUGGUAUUGAUGACUGUACUGGUAACAGAUUAGGAUAUACCAACUACUGCAAUGACAAACUCUACAUUGAAUGCAAUUUGGAUACUUCUACUGUUGGAUAUGAAGUUACAACUGAUGAUGAGCUUGGUAGUCAUGGUCAUAUUCCCGUACGAUUAACAUACGGUGGUGAAGGAUAUCUACAGAUCUACUAUAAUGGACGCUGGGGAUAUGUCUGCCACAAUUCCAGUCAUUCCAAAAACCAGUUUAAUUCUGUUUGCCGAAAUCUUGGAUAUUCAUCUGCUCAUUACGUAUAUGGUAGAUACGAAAGUUCUCAUACUGCUCUAGUGACAGAUCUACAAUGUCCAGGGAGUUAUUAUUAUUAUUCCUCCUCAAAUGGGAUAGAUGACUGCAUGGGUGACAGAUUAGGAUACACCACUUACUGUAACGACAAACUCUAUAUAGAAUGUGGGGACAAUAAAACAAACGAAAUAAGAUUAAAGAGAAGUCCUUAG